CGAUCUCCAUAGUAGUCUUACACAAGCCGUAACGUUAGUAGGUCAGGCUUGUAUUAAACCGGCUGUCAUGGCGUUUCUCGUGUCUAUAGCUCAAGCAGUGUUGACAGGCCACAACAUCACAGCAGUGCUGAUCGCUGUUGUAGCGUUCCUCACGUCUAUAACAUUAUUUUCGUGGUUCAAAACAACAGUACGGAGAGGGAGAGGGAAUCUUCCGCCGGGCCCGCCGGGAUGGCCCGUUCUCGGGAACCUCCCCAGUCUUGCCCAGAACGCCCACCUCCAGCUGACGGCCUGGCGUGGGACGUACGGGGACGUCUUCAGCGUGAAGAUGGGUCUCCAGGACGCCGUGGUGGUCAGCGGGAAGGACGCUAUCAGGGAGGCCCUGGUCAGGAAGGCCGAGCACUUCUCCAGCAGGCCGGACCUUUUCCUGUUACGCCGUAACCAACAGCACAAUGGCCUUGUCAUGUCUCCGUACGGUGACCAGUGGAAGGUUCUCCGGCGAUUCAGCAUGUCAACACUCCGUUCCUUCGGCAUGGGCACGGGCACCAUGGAAGAAAAGAUCGACAUGGAAUGUCGCCACUUCUGCACCGAACUGGAAACAAUGUCCGGUCAACCAUUCGAUCUCAUGCACCUCCUUCACAACGCUGUGUCUAACAUCAUGUGCUCCAUGGCUCUGGGCAAACGGUUCGAAUACGGGGAUCCCAUGUUUCUUCGUUUGAUGGAGAUAUCAGAACGCGGCGUCGAACUAUUCUUGACGGCUCAUGUCUUCAACAUCUACCCCGUACUUCGCUUCUUCCCGAUAGUGGGGAGACAGUAUCAGGAGUGGAUGGAUCUGUCAGAGGAGAGCCUGAAGUACUUCAUGGACUUCAUCGCUCAGCAUGAACAGAGCGAUGGCCAGGAGAAGGCACGUGACGUCAUCGAAGCGUUUCGAGCGAAGCUGGAGGAAGAUCCAGGCUCUCUGCCGAGUCACAGCCUUCCCCAUCUCCUAGGAGACCUUUUCGUGGCAGGGAUGGAGACGACCGCCAACACCUUACGCUGGGGUCUGCUGUACCUUGUAACGCAUCCCGACGUGCAGACAAAGGUUCAGGCCGAGCUGGAUGAAGUGGUGGGGCGGGACCGUCCUCCAGCCGUCAGCGACAAGCCCAACCUGCCCUACACGGAAGCCACCAUCAUGGAGAUGCAGCGCAUCCGCACGGUGGUGCCUCUGUCCGUGCCGCACUGCACGACCUCGGACACCGCCCUGCUCGGCUACGACAUCCCCGCGGGCACGGACGUGCUCAUCAACCUGUGGUCCCUUCACAUGGACCCCGGCUCCUGGGACAACCCCGACAAGUUCGACCCGAGCAGGUUCCUAGACGGUAACGGACAACUGCAGACAAACGAUUCAUUCAUGCCUUUCUCUACAGGUCGUAGAGUUUGUCUCGGUGAACAACUGGCCAAGAUGGAGCUAUUCCUGUUCCUCACCAACAUGCUACAGCAGUUCACCUUCACACUGCCAGAGGGCGCUCGACCCAACUUUGACGGUGUCCUCGGAGUAACGCUUCGACCUCAUCCGUACGAACUCCUGGCAGUCAAACGUGGCUGACAGAAACAGCUUAGUAUACUGAUUCGUAUACUUCAAGUCUUGGCUGCUUGCUCAUAUCUUUUGUCAUUGUUGUAUAGUACAAGACUUUUUACGGGCAGCUGUGAUUGUCGUGGAUAACGCCUCUAAUACUGUAAUAGCACAAGUUUACGUAGAUUAAGUGUACCUCACCGUUUGAGCGUCUAGUUUACACACUUCGUGACCAGAUACAAGUUGUUCUAUCUUGUUUCAAUCUUGUGCGUACAUUUGUUUGUUAGCUUGACAUACGUAUCACAACACAUCAAUUUGUUAAGACAUAGUCUCUACAACUAACCCAAAAGUGACACAUAUCAAGGAGACAUUUUACCAUUGAGAAUGUGCUCUGGUAACGUCUGAGUCUGACUAUAGUUAAUGGCUUUUGCUCAAUUCUACACACUUAUACAACAUGUCUACAGUUCGAAUUUGUUAUUGAAAUGUUUGUGUCAAUAUUACAUGUUGGUUUUAUCCAUACACAACGUCGUGCAAAGCGUUAUCCUAUUUCCUGUGUUUUCGAUGCACGCUGAACGUCCCUGUCCUUGGUACCGAAUCACCCUCACUGCCAAAGCCGCAUGGCGAUUGCAAGCUCAAUAAAUGUACUUCAUUC